UUCCCAUUUAUUUUCUUUAUUAAUCAAAUAAAAUCCCCAAACUACCCUUCUCAUCAACCUUCAAAAACUCACCAGCCACCACAGCACCACUCAUAUAAGCAUAAAAAAAAUAUCACGUAAAUAAUUGCGCAUAAUUAGGGUUGUUUCCAUAAAUCCCUGCAACUUGCACCUCCCUCUUUACCCUUAUAAACAAACAAACAACAAAAAAAUCAAGAAACCUUACAAUUUCAAGAAAUCAAAAAUCAAGAAACCCUAUAAUUUCAAGAAAAUUAAAGAUCGGAAUUCAAGAAAAUGAAAGGGUGUGAGCUAUGCGGCGGUGUGGCCAGAAUGUAUUGUGAAUCGGACCAAGCUAGUUUAUGCUGGUCGUGCGAUGAGAAAGUUCACUGUGCUAAUUUUCUUGUGGCGAAACAUUGUAGAAAUCUUCUCUGUCAAGUUUGUCAAUCUCCGACUCCAUGGAAGGCUUCCGGUUCGAAACUCGGCCCGACUGUUUCCGUCUGCGAUUCUUGCUUCUCUUUGCAUAAUAAAAACGCCGGACAAGAAGAAAAUGAUGAGAAACAAGAGAGUCUCGCCGGAAAUGAACACGAUGUCGGUGAUGUCGACGAUUUUGACAGCCAGGACGAUCUCGACGACGACGACGACGAGGAUGAUGACGACGGCGAUGAUGAAGAUGAUGAUGAGGAGCAGGAGGAAGAGGACGGAGAGAAUCAGGUUGUGCCGUGGACGGUGACAUCGCCAUCACCGCCGGUGGCUUCUUCGUCGAGCAGCGAGGAAGAAGAAGAUGAGAAUUCGAGUAGAUCGGUGACACGCGUGCGGAAACAUAGAGAUUAUCUAGAUUCUGAUGAUGAAAUCGGAUGUUCAUCGUUGAGAAAUGACGAAGGGAAUUCAUCAGAACCGUUGAGGCCAUUAAAGCAACAGAAAAUAAACGAUGAUGAUCAUGAUGGUCAAAGAGAGUCAAGAUCAACGGCUAUUAUUGACUCAUUAAAGAGACUACAAAGCAAAAUGGUAACAAGCAGAGAAACCGCGUCUGCAGCUAUGCUCGAGAUUUGCAGGCUGGGCAGAGACCAUCACAGCCGUUGAUUUUCAAUCUGUUACUGACUAUACUUUUUCUUCUUUUUAUCUACUGGAACUGGACUACAUUUUAUGACCAUACCUUUUUCUUUUGCGAUUUUUAGAUUAUUUUAUUAUUUUAUUUACUAUUUAACCUUUUUAGGCUAAUUUAAACCUUUUUUAAUACUCUAUUUUGUGUGUGUAAAUGAGAGUGUUUAUUUGUGUAAUACUGCAUUUCUAAAUAUUUAGUCUCUGUUUAAUGGCUAA